UUCAUGCAGUUGAGGGAAGAAAAGUGGUCAUUUGUUUGUUGCACUAUAUGAAUGGAGCUUUGAAAUAACUUUUGUGAAAGCAGAAUGUAUUUGGAUUUUGUUUUCCUUUUGCUGAACAGUGAGGAAUAAAAAAACAACAAGAAGACUUACAUCAACAAUUAAACAUAAGAUAAAGUCCCUUAGGGGUACCAUUGUACAAGGUCAUGGAAACAGACACAAGUUCAAGUAUUAAAAAUGGGUCAUUGGAAUUUAAAAAUCGCAUCAAGAAUGGAAAAAUAAACAUGGACAUAUGGAAAAACUGGGACGUGGACAAAAAUGCCACUGCGGCAAUUUGUGAACGUUUCCGUGACGAAUGCACAGAGAAGGUGAAGAGAGACAUAGAGGAAUAUUUUGAUGCGUUCAUCUCCGAUGUGGGUCUCAUUAACCAGGCUGAGAAUGUGGAAAACAUAAAGUACUCCCUCAACUCCAGCAACCUCUGCACGAAUAUCUACAAGGAGAACACAGACUACCUCCUAAAGAAGGAGCGCGGGGAGCUUCCAGACAAGGAAUUUGUUACACGACACUCUGUACUGACGGACCUUUUUGAGAUCAGUCACAUCAGGAGUAUCUACCAUGUGUUUGUUGCCAUCCUCAUCAUCUUCUCCCUCAACACGUUCAUCAUGGAUAUCCUCGAAAAAGGAUCAUUAGGCCUGGAUUUCGGUCUAAUCCAAUGGGGUCUUGGCAAGUUCCCGAGGGUUGUGUCCUGCUGGCUGUGGAUGCAGCUCAGCACGCUUAUCGUAGUGUAUCCAGGCUUCUACUACUGGAGCGUGUAUCGAUCCUACGGGAAACCUGGCAUACUGGACUAUCUGGGACUGCUGGCCUACAUUGCAUACCAGUGUGCCUUUAUGGUCCUGCCCGUACUGUUCAUCGUUGAGCACGAGAUUCCACCUGCUUCAGCAGUUAUCAUCACCACAGAGCAGCUACGCUUUAUGAUGAAAUCCCACGCAUUCGUGAGAGAAAAUUUCCCAAAAGUAUUAGCAUUUAAAAAAGAAGACAACAAAGAUCAUGACAGAAGUGACCUGUGUCCAAAUUUCUCCAAAUAUCUGUACUUCCUUUUUGCACCGACUCUUGUCUACCGAGACAACUACCCAAGAACUGCUUCAAUAAGAUGGGGCUACGUGGUGAGCAACUUCGCCCAGGUAGUGGCCUGUCUUCUCUACACGUACUACAUAUUCGAGAGGUUCUGCGUGCCGGUGUUCCGAAACUUCAACCAGGACCACGUGAGCGCGAACCUCUUCCUCAAGUCCAUGUUUAGUUGUAUGCUGCCUGGAACAUUGACGCUGCUUAUAGGUUUCUUUGCAAUUCUUCAUUCCUGGUUGAAUGCCUUUGCAGAGAUGUUGACAUUUGCUGAUCGAAUGUUUUAUAAGGAUUGGUGGAACAUGACUUCAUUUGCCAGCUACUACCGUACUUGGAACAUUGUGGUGCACGACUGGCUGUACACAUACGUCUACAGAGACUGCUGCAAGGUGUUUGGCCCCAAGUAUCGUGGGUUGUCCAUGGCGUCUGUAUUCUUGCUUUCUGCAGUGUUCCACGAGUACGUCCUCAUCAUGGCCCUAGGCUUUUUCUACCCAGUGCUGUUUGUGCUGUUUAUGGGAGCAGGAUUUGGACUGAUAUUCGUGAAGGGCUCGUACCGCUUGUGGAAUAUCUUUCUAUGGCUGGCGUUGUUCAUGGGGAUGGGGGUGCUGCUGUGUCUAUACAACAUGGAGUGGUUCGCCAGGCAGAACUGCCCCAAAAACUCGGAUGAUUUUAUGGACUAUCUGAUACCACGAUCUUGGACCUGCAACUUUAACGCGCUGAAAUCCUCUACGCAGACUUAGACCCAUCUGGAAAUGAUCUAUCCAGCAUGCACAACAUAUGGACCACGCUCUAUGGAAAGGCGGUUAAAUGCUAUUUCGUAAAGUGUCAUCCCAGAUUAGCCUGUGCAGUUUGCAUAGGCUAAUCAGGGAGGACAAUUUCCAUUUUUAUUAAACUGUUUUUUUAAAGGGAGACACUUUUUGACAAAAAUCCAGUUUAAGCGAAAGUGUCGUCCCUGAUUAGCAUGUGUGCAGACUGCACGGGCUAAUCUGGGACAACACUUAACACACAUGCAUUAAACCCCCUUUUUUUCAGAGCAAGGCUCAUAUAUACAUAUAGAACAAUAUUUGUAUAGAGUUUAUUUCAUAUUUUUAUUAGAACUAUUCUCAGAUUAUAACAGGUAUUUGUUGCAAUGUGAGAGUGUGGUAUACAUGUAUGUGCGCUUGUACAUAUAUUUGUGAGUGUAUUAUAGAGAAUGUGUAUAUUACGAAUGUUUUGAAUUUGCAUAUUGGUUUUAGUUUGAUUUUAUUUGUAUAAAUUAUCUAACUAAUGUGAUUGAGAGAUUGUAUUAGCGAUUUUUGUAUUAUUUUGCAGAUCAGUAUUUUGGAAGCCAUAAUACUUAAAUUUUAUGUUCAACAUUGUUGACUUUUGUUAAUUUAAACAGCUGUCAAUUUGAUGCAAACAUUUGUAGUGGUCGUUACAUUUCUUGUCAUUUGUUUUUAUAGAAACAAUCAUGGCUGCUAGUCAAGGAUUUGAGAUGUUUUUUUACUUUAUGGCUCAGACUUUACAGUGUUUGUUUUUUCACCAUUUUGAGAAUUGCACCGGGUCUCUUUGGAUUGGGAAAAAUCGGGUCGUUUCGGCUUAAAUUGGGAAAUUAUUGUUCCUGUCUUUUUAUGUUCCCCAAAAAAAUUUGGGGGGAAGCAUAUAGUCGCCGCUUCGUCUGUCCGUCCGUGUGUCCGUCCGUGCUCAAUUUUUGUCCGGGCUAUUUCUCAGUAACUAAUGACCGGAAUUCAAUGAAACUUUAUGGGAAGCUUCACUACCAAGAGGAGAUGUGCAUAUUAUCAGCCGGUUCUCGUCGGAUGAUUUUUCAUAGAGUUAUGGCCCUUUGAAAUUUUUCAUUAACUGUACAUAUAGUGCAAUUCUUGUCCGGACUAUUUCUCAGCAACUAAUGACCGGAAUUCAAUGAAACUUUAUGGAAAGCUUCACUACCAAGAGGAAAUGUGCAUAAUAUCAGCAGGUUCUGGUUGGAUGAUUUUUCACAGAGUUAUGGCCCUUUGAAAUUUUAUAUAUAAAAAUUCUUGUCCCCCCAACUACUGUGCCCUCAAGACGUUGGCUUUUAUCUGAAUAUAUAGUGCAAUAUUGUGACAAAAAAAACCUUUGGGGAGCAUCACCCGUCUCCGACUGUUUCUUGUUCACAGAGUUAUGGCCCUUGUUACUAAUGUUUAACUUAUAGAGCUUGAUGGGAGGCAAACUAAAUGUUGAGAUGUAUUUAUAAAAUCGGGACAACAUACUUUGAAUCGCCAUAGAUGUCUGUCCAUCUGUCUGUUCUUAUAAAGAAACUUGUGGAAAUAGUUUUACGCUUUUCGAUGUUCAGCAUUCAAACAUGCAUGAAAUCCUUGUAACGAUGUGAAGUUUUAAAUGUGCCAUGUUUAUCAUUCUUCAUUCAAAAUUAUAACAGUGAUGCUUCCAUAUAUAACUUGUUAUUGAGCCGUGCUCUGUGAAAAAGGGGUUUAAUGCAUGUGCGUAAAGUGUCGUCCCAGAUUAGCCUGUCCAGUUUGUGCAAGCUAAUCAGGGAUGACAUUUUCUGCAUAAACUUGAUUUUUGCUAAGAAGAGACUUUCUUGAAAUGAAAAAUAUCAUAAAAGCGGAAAGUGUUUUGCCUGAUAAGCCUGUGCGGACUGCACAGGCUUAUCUGGGACAACACUUUUCACAAAUGAAUUUAACCCCUUUUUCACAGAGCACAGUCCAAUUUUAUUGUUACAACUAGGAACAUAUUACAACUUACAAUGCCUGGGGAUAUUUGUUGUUUUUGUGUUCAUCUCUUGUUUGUGUUUAUUGCAGCAGUAAAUGGUAUAGGUCCUCAAAGCUCUGCUUAAUAAACCUUGACCUUUAUCAACCUAAGAGCUAGUCUCUUGAAUAAAACAUACUAAAUGCAAGUUCAUACAGUUUUCUGCAGAGGAUAUAAAUCUACUACAGUAGAUUCCACUUAAUUGAAUAUCUGAUAAUCGAAUAAUUCGGUUAAUGGAAUAAAAAUUGAAAACACCAAACCAUUUGCAUCUCUUCCCGUUGAAAAAACGCCACAUAUUCUGAUAGCAAAUAUGGCGUAUUUUGGUUAAUUGAAUGGACGUGACAAAUGGGCUAUUCAAUUAAGCGAAAUCUACUGUACUACACUUUCUGCCUUGAUUGGAUUUUUGUUUAGAAGAGAAUUCCUAUAAAUGAAAAAAUCCAUAGAAAUGGAAAGUGUCACCCCUAAUUAGCCUGCACAGACUGCACCUUCCAAUCUGGGACCACCCUUAAUUCACAUGCAUUUAGCACGACCCAUAUAUAUUUUGUUAUACAUGUAUUUGUCUAUUUUUACCUCACAAGGUGCUAAGGCAUGCAGAGCUUUUGUGAUCUCCUUUUGUCAUUCAUAGUUAACAUGUAUCUUAUGAACUCACUAUGAGUCAAAUUUAUUUGCCUUAUUUUCAUGACGUUUUAAACUAGGUCAUUUGGGGGUAAAAAGAAGGUCAUUAAGUCAAAUUGAAAAAAAAUCACAGGUCACAAAGGUGUAGGAGAUAUGGUGUCUGCCUAGCGAUCAGGAAAUCACGGGUUCGAUCCCAACUGUUGGUGCGUUCUUUACAUCUCCCCCAGACACACCAAUUACUGGUUCUAGUCACAGGAAACGGACUCGAGAGCGUUUCAAAUAACCCUUAGGCUUUCUAUGCAAUCGAGCUUAAAUAAAUAGGUUUAAAGUAAAUUUAAAAACAAGCUUGUCAAAAUUUUAGAAGUCAUUUACCACUCAAAACGAAACUUGCACAAAACAUUUUUCAUAAUAGUUUGUCUGAGUAGUUCACUUGGUCAAUGUUAAUAAAACUUGUUAAAACUUGAAUCAGGAUUGUUGAAUUUUGACAAACAGGCAUAAAGUUGUAUGAGCGGUCUAAUGAGGGUAUUUUCUGUAUAUAUUGUGCAAAAAUCGAAUUAUGUACUCAAUUGUGAUUGCAAUUUAAUUUAUUUUUGAAAUAAUUUUUAUUUAUAUGUCUUCAUUAAUAGAAUUUUAUAAGGACUAUAAGAUUCAUUUUUUUCCAUUUUUGAACAAAAAAGUACAAAGUGCCAUAUUAAAUGUCUUCCUAAAUUGUUCAAAUAUAUUUUUGAAUAUUGAAAUCAUUAAAUCUGCUUUAAAUUCUGUAUUCAUUAAUUGCAGAAACACAAUGUCCUUGUAUAUGUACUUCAAUCUGUACAUUUAAAGAAUAUUUAAAGAAUACAAGUGUUUGCAAAGUAUCAAGCAAACUAUUGUAUGAUGAAAUUUUUGACCCAAUUGAAAUGAUUUUAUUAACUUUUGGGACAAAUUAUGUGUGCAAUAAACUUUAUUUUCGUCUUGGACUUGUUCUCAUUAACCAGGGCACGUAUUCACAAAUGUUUUAAGUCUAAAUUAUAGCCUCGGACUUAUAUUUCCCAAAUUAAAAAAUCAAUUUUUUAGAGAUAUAAAAUAAUUUUAAAUGAAUGCAAAGUGACUUUCUGUAGUUCUCUUUAUAUUAAAUGUGAUUGUUUUAUUAUACGAAUUAUGGAUAAAACGAUAUUUCGAUUUAUUGUUUAAAUCUGAGUCUAUAAUUUAGACUUGAAACAUUGAUUUCGAGUACAGGCUUAACAAAGUUAAAAUACUGUAUACAAGUAGUUAUUAUUGAAAUGUUUUAUUUGUGGUAAAUAAUAAAAAUGCCCAACAUCCAUGGGUGAAUUCAUA